AUGGUCCGUCAAUUGAAGCAUCACGAGAAGAAACUCUUGAAAAAGACCGAUCUUUACACCUACAAGUCAGACCAAGGUCACCGUGCCGGUGAAAUUCAGCGACGGUAUGGAGUUUCGGAUGUGGAAUACAACACCUACAAUGCCAUUUGCGGAUCAUUACGGAAGAUGGCGCACAAGCUCUCGCAGCUAGAGCCCGAGGAUCCCACACGUCGCAAGCUCGAGACCGCUAUGCUGGAGAAACUUUACAGCAUUGGUGUGAUUGAGAAAAACCGCGAGCAAGGAGGAGCUUUGUCCCAGGUGGAACAUAUCACAGUCUCGGCCUUUUGCCGGAGGCGUCUGCCGAUUGUGAUGAUCCGGGAGCAGAAGAUGAUUCAAUAUGUGGAUAAGGCUAUUGAAGCAGUCGCCCAAGGCCACGUUCGCGUUGGAACGCAAGUCGUUCAGGAUCCUGCGACCCUGGUUACACGAAACAUGGUGGACUUUGUGCAGUGGGUGCCCAACAGCAAGUUCAGAGUGGCUGGCCAGAACUACCACGGCAAGAGGGAUGACUUUGAUACCUUGCAACUAUAA